UUAAACGGAACUUGCAGCCGAUCUCCUUUUGCUGCUUCUUCCCUGUCCCCGCCCCCGAUCCACGGGAUGAGAUAAACCCUAGUUCCGUGGAAACCGUAAAUCACGUGUACUUCGCUGACUGAAUCCGUAAGAGAGUCUUCGAUCCGGUGUAGCACAUCGAUAUUACCGAUGAUUGCCGACUUAAUUCAAGCUUAGGAGUUUCUCGUUCCGGACGAAUCCGUCGAUCGCUUUCGUUAUUCGGUUGGGAGAAGAGUUCCUUCUUUUCUUGAUGUUGCUGUGAGAUAAAGCGAGAGGCCGAGGUCGUAGCCACCGAAUGGACCACAGACGUGCCGAUUGCUGAGUCCUUCCAUCGGCAGCGGCCGUGACGAUCCCCAGAUGCCGAUCGAGCAGGAUAAGGACCAGGAGGUGCAGGCCGGCAAUGGCGAGGAUUUGGUGGAGGGCCCAGUCAGGGUUUGCAUAAAGAAGACCCUUAUGGCUGGAUUGUAUGUCAUGGAAUUUUGUGGAGAGAGAUUAUCUUAUGAUCUGAAACCGGUGACUAACCAGUCUUCAACGUUUACAGAUGCCAUAAUUGUGGAAUCAGCGCAAAGCUUACAUGCCAUAUGCGAAGCGGCCCAGAGGGACGACGAACACUAUGCAAUGCAUGUGGAAUUGCUUGGAGAAAGGGAAAACAGAGAAAAGUUAUAGACUAUGAAGUUCCAAUGAAGGACUUGGUAAAUACAAAAAUGGUGCCAGAAGUCGAUAUGGAAUUUGAAAAUGAAGACAAAGCAUAUGAAUUCUACAACAGAUAUGCUGGGAUGAUAGGAUUUAGUGUACGGAAAGGUUGGAUAGAUAAAUCAUCUGACAAAAUUACUCGAUCCAGAACACUUGUUUGCUCAAGAGA